GAACAAUUGUAUGAUCUCAUGGUUGUGUCUUUGCCAAUGUCUCUCUGUACGUGAUCUGCCAAUUAGGUUGAAGGUCACAGGGAGUUGCAAGCUGAACAGCCAAUGGCAAAAUAGUCCACUGUCACAAGGAGAAAGUUAACUGGGACGGGGUUGUCUGUAGCUUCCCUACCCCUUUUUAAAAGAGGCAUGGGAGGGACAAGGGAGAGACAACACAUUGCUUCUGAGUAGAAUUGGUUGUGACAGUCUGACAUACAGAGGUUGACAGACGAAGAGCUACAUUGAAAAUACAAGGGAGUGACAGACGUGAUGGACACCAAGGCAGUGUUUGCGGCCCUGUACAGUGUGUGCGAAGAGAAUGCUACCUUCUUCUCAGGAGGAGCCAAGGGUUCACAGGGUGAUGCGGCACGGCGGCUGGUGGAUACCAUGAAGCUGAUCAAGGAGCAUGCUCGCAGCCUGGAGCCUGUUAUCUCCGGCUUCGCUGCAGUUUACCAUCAUUAUGACUUUGACCCACACAUUCCUGCCAAUGGCUAUCGCUCAUUGGUCAAGGUAGUGCGCUGCUGCCUUCUCCACAUCAUCCAGAAGGGGCGCUACAUCACCGCCAACCGCCGCAGCAUCUUUUUUCGAGUAGCACACAAUGCGGGGGAGAUGGAGGCCUACUGCAACGCUCUGUGCCAGCUGCGCGCCCUGCUCUACCUGGCUCAACGUAUGCUACAUGACAACAGCCAUGGCAACCUUUUUUUCCAGGAUGAAAGUGGCCUCAGUGAGAGCUUUGUCCGCGAAUACUCAUCCAUGCACAAGGGGUGCUUCUAUGGCCGUUGCCUUGGCUUUCAGUUCAGUCCAGGCAUUCGGCCCUGUCUCCAGACCAUCGCUAUUGGCCUUGUGGCCUUUGGAGAAAACUACAAACGCCAUCAGUCAGGAAUAGUGGAGGCAGGAGGUGUUGCACCAUACGGUGUAGCAGCCAGCUCUUUCUUUACCUCCGGGAAGUACGCCAUUGACCCAGAGUUGAGAGGGGCAGAAUUUGAACGCAUCACCCAGAACCUGGACGUCCAUUUCUGGAAGGCCUUCUGGAACAUCACUGAGACCGAAGUCUUGUCGAGUCUUGCCAGUAUGACAUCCACUCAAGUUAAGGUGAACCGGACUCUUUCUGUGCCCGCCGUGCCCUUUGACCUUCCCCUGGCGGCCAACCACAGAGCAUCUGUAACUAUAGCUCCACCCUCAGCUCACAUCGGCACUGCUCCAGUUCAGAUGAGGCUCAUCUCCUAUGACUUACGUGAAGGACAGGACAGCGAAGCUCUGCUGUCUCUUGCCCGCGCUGAGGGGGGCGCCAUCUCUUUGUCGCUGGGGCUGAAGACCAAGCGCCUCCCCUCAUCUCCCUGUCUCCUGAUCCACUUCCAUGGGGGAGGAUUUGUGGCCCAGACCUCCAAGUCCCAUGAGCCCUAUCUGAAGAGCUGGUCCCAGGACCUUGGUGUCCCCAUCCUGUCAGUGGACUACUCUCUGGCCCCUGAGGCCCCCUUCCCAAGGGCCCUGGAGGAGUGUUUCUAUGCCUACUGCUGGGCUCUGAGAAACCACCACCUACUAGGCUGGACCGGAGAGAAAGUGUGUCUGGCUGGUGACAGUGCGGGAGGCAACUUGUCUGUGACGACAUCAAUGCGCGCUGCUGCCUUUGGUGUGCGAAUGCCAGAUGGCAUCGUGGCAGUCUACCCGGCUACCCUGCUGACCGCCUACGCAUCUCCCUCCCGUCUGCUAACACUUAUGGAUCCCCUGCUGCCGCUCAGUGUGCUCUCCAGGUGUCUCAGCGCCUACGCUGGUGCUGACCCGCAAACCGAGACACAGAUAGAGAAGGCGAGCACGAUGAGCAUGGUGAGGAGAGACACAGCUCUGCUGCUCAGAGAUUUCCGACAGGGAGCCUCCAACUGGAUCCACUCUCUGCUGGAUUCCAACAGAGCCUCAGCCUCCCCCAGUACAGCUGCAGAGGCGCCACCAGGAGCCACUGACACAGUGAGGAAGAGCAUUUCAGAGGCGUCCAUCUCUUCUCGUCACGCAGACCCCCCUGUAGCCUCCGAGACCUCGGAGUUUCCCUCCAGGAAUCUAUCUGUUAAGAGUCAGACUUGCCAGGACUUGGGAUCCCACAACAAUUCCACUUCUCACAGUGCACCGUUGCUCAAUGAGCGCACUCCAGAAGAUGUGAAUUUCUUCCUCUCCAAGGAUGUGGAUCCCGCCGUGUCCAGCGACCUGUUUUCAGUAGCUUUACCACCCCCUGCUGUAGAGGAGGGAUUAGAGCUGGAGCACCCUGUGGAGUUCCCCUUGGGAUUUGAGCCACUGCGCUCAGAGAAGCCAUCUAAAAUGAGGUUGCACAGCUCUCCAGUGUUCAAGGAUCCGUUCUGCUCUCCUCUGCUGGCUCCUGAUAGCAUGCUGAAAGGGCUGCCACCUGUACACAUAGUGGCUUGUGCAUUAGACCCCAUGCUGGAUGACUCUGUGAUGUUUGCCAAGCGUUUGAGGAACAUAAACCAGCCUGUCACUCUGUGCGUGGUGGACGACCUCCCCCAUGGCUUCCUCAGCCUAUCGCAGCUCUGCAGCGACACGAAGGAGGCAGCCAACGUCUGCGUGGAGAGAAUUCGCGCCGUCUUCACUCAGAAGGACACACCACCAGAGCCACGCAAGCACCGCAAGCUGGAAAGGACCGAUAGGGGUGUAUCGGCUUCUCCUGGGGAAGAUGGUUCUCUCUUCGUAGGCCCCAUAGAGAGAGGGGAGCUAGCUGUCAGGAGAGGGACUAGAAUUGCUGAUGGGGAGGGCUUAGUUGCUGUGGCAGCCCAGAACAACACUGACACUGUUGGUAUUGGGCCUUAAAUAAGGUUAGAUAAAAAAGCAGUUUACCCGAGGAGUGAAGGGACAAAGAGUAAAUGAAAGUCAGACAAAUUUAGGCAGUGCAAUGCCUAAAAGGGAGAGAGAAAGCAUCCUGAAAAACCGAAAGGGGGAAUACUGUGUGUGUGUGUGUGUGUGUGUGUGGCAGUCUAAUUUUGAGAGACAAAAAAAAUAGGAGGAGCACUGAAAUACAACUUCCUCUGCUUUACAAUCACUUGCAUUACUUGCCCGUGCACCAUCAUGCACCGAGGCAAAGCUGGCAGUCAAAACGAACACACCCACAAAAGACUUUUAGACUAUUUUAGAAUAAAAUGGUAAUUUACCAACUACUUGGAUCAAAGACUAGCACUCACCCACACAUGCAGCACACAUACUUAACAGAGUUGCCAUUCGGCAGCGGACGCUCGGACAUAAAGCAGCGGAGAAGAUACUUAAGACGAGGCCUGAAUGGGUGAUUCAUCUAGGCUAAGGCAGUCAUUUUAGGCACUAAUCAGAUAGUGGUAGGCACACUAUAUGCUCAGUAUAGAGUCAUCCCCAUCAAAAUGUCCACUUGUACUUUAGGAAGCCACUCUAAAUCACACUUAAUAACUCCACAUUGUGUUAUCUAUUACGCCAGUUUGGCAGUCAAUACAGCUCACUUUGUGGAUAGUAACUCUGUUGACUCUCUCUCAAAUAGAAUUACAACACUUAAGAGAACAGACUGAAAGGCUCUAAACUGGAUGAAUUGAUGUACUUGAGAUAAUGUUGCAGUUUUUAAUCAUAUCAUUAACCCUAUGCAGUACUUUUGUUAUUUAUAUCCUUUUUUAUUUCUAGAUUUUAAUCCUUGAAUCAUUACAGGUUUGUUGUUGAUACACCAUAUUGUUUGUUUAAUGUAAUCAUAUGCUGUUUAUUCAACAUUUUUGAAUGUGCUCAAUAUUUACCUCUGCUUCUUUGGCACAACCGCUCCGACAUCCCUGGCCUUUCCCAUUAAACUCCUCUCUGAAAUGCAUACUGAUAGGAUAGAAUAAAUGUACAACAUUAUUACACAGGGACACAGUACCCUAUCUAGAUGCUGCCUGGGGCUUUUUGUUGUGUCGAUAUUACUAAUGCAAAGAUUGCAUUUUAUUAAUUGCUACAUUAAAAUUUGUGGAGAUGCACUGAGAUGCAUUAUUUUCUGAAGACCAAGUACUUGCUUAAAGACGUGGGAACCAGCUUUAUUAGUCUAAGAACAGUCCUAGCAUUUAGAUGGCUGAAAGGGGCUAAAUGUUCUAAUUGUUAUUAUUUCAAUACUUCAAUUGGUCAACAUUCUCCUUCUGCAGAAGUAAGAGAGAAAGGGGCAGCAAAAAGCCCUUAGCUAAACUCCACGGCACUGAUUCCCUCUCAGGUUGUCCCCGUUCCUCGCCAGGUGAUAUUGCUCACUACUUACUGUGCUCUGCACAGUAUGCAGUGUGUCAAAGUACCACUUCUCUUGAGUCAGGGGACUUCCUGCCUGACAAUCUGUUUCUACAAAUCAGAGGCUUUUAGGCAAAACUAGAGGACCCUGACCAAGAAAAGAGAUUGUAAGAGUGCUGUGUAAAAGCCACCAAACUUGUAUUAAGUCAACUAAAAGUGGCUGGUGGACCAGAUGUUUUUGCUUUCCACCAUCACAUUCAUGGUUGACUUUGUUUUGGAUAACCUGACGGCACUCCUCUGAGCGUAUUGCCACCGAAGCACUUGAAAGUACACAAAAAUGUCCUUCGGAGGUUCAGUCCCUCUAUCAGGUCCAACUAAAUAUAGAUGCCAACAAUGCUGGCACUGUCCUGCCCUUGCCUGGUAACAGGACUAGGGUUGCCAGGUCUGUAGAGAGGGAUGCUGUGUGAUGAAUAGGAUUUAACUGAAGCUCCGAGUGCAAAAUCCUCCCCCCGUAGAAGAGCAGGAUUUUCAGCAGCAAAGUCAUGCUACAGGAUUAGACCAUGCUCAGUUCUGUCAGCUUGGAGUACUUACUGCAAUAUUUUUAGUCAGAUUGAUGGAAAGAACCAGGACCGUGAAGAGGAAGAAAGUAAUGCACUCAUCCUCUCCGAGAUACUGGGCUGAAGUUUGUACUUGCUUUACUAGCCGCUGUUUAUGCUCACACUGCACUUUUGCAGUAGUUAGGCGAUCCGUGCAAGUGUAUUUUAAGCUUGUAUACGUGUCACUGUUUUUUUUGUGUGUGGAAUGUGGAAAUUCAAUUGAUCACGCUAGUCUCUGUGGUGUGAGGAACACAAGCUCAUGUCAUAUGUUCACAUAAAAACACGUUUGGCACUUUACAGUCAGGAGACUAUUCAUAGUAUUAAUCAUCUGUAGCUGAGAGCAACCUCAAACCACUAUGGGACAAUGUCUUUUGUCUGUGAUAUCGACUUGACUCCAUUAAUCUUGUAAAACACUACCGCCUGAAACCCAGCAGGGUUGAUUGACCAUUUGUAUCAAGUGAGCUACUACUAAACUUUAUUUUUUAAAUGUGUCAAAUUCACCCACUUGCUGUUUAUUGACCUCUGUAUGCCUCUUACCCUUGACGACCACUCAUGCAUCAAGUUAACCUGACUGCAGGAGAUGUACCAGAGAGUCCAUCUGGUGUUUUGGACAAAUAGGUUUGCAGUGUUACCUUUUUUAGUUUUCCCAAUUCCUUGCAUUUGUGUGGCUCUUACAUUAGUGUUGCUGCUUCAUAGCGUCUUAAUUGUUAUUCUUUCACUGACCAACUUUAUUAUCACAAAUUGUCCUUGUGAGUACAAGCUAGUUGUAGUAGUUUAGUGUAAUGGUGCUUUUUUUGUCGUUCAAUUAUCAGGUUGUACAGCAAACUUCCUAAGUUUUACUCUUCCAAAACUCUUUUUACUUGAGAUUUUUUUUUUGCUGCAGGCUUAUUUCGUCAAAGUGCAAUACUUCUACAAACGUGAGCUAGCUGCUUCAACAUUUACAGUAAAGCUAUGCAGUUACACAUCACAGUCUGUUUCCUCAGUCAGAAAUGCUGUGAUGCUGUUUAUUGUUGUGUAAUGUGUUUGAAUCUCCUCAAGGUUGUUGGCAUACCAACCUACAUACCACAGCACUUUUUUUUGAACUUCCUGGAAACCUCAAAAGCAUCAAUGCGUUGAUGCGACUGACCUCAAUACUAAUUUGAUUAAUAAGUUAGAUCUUCUAAAUGUAUUGUUAGUUUCAAAACGGAACCAAAUACUGCAGCCAAAGUCUUGUAACAGAUGUGUUGUUCUUGCCGUUUAGUGUUUGCUGGUGUCAAUGCAGGUGCUAGUCAGUGCCAUAGCUUGUCUGCACUUCAUAUGCAAAUUGCUCUGAACUGUAAAAUGUAAUUCUGAUGUAGAAUAUAAUUAGCCUUUAAAAAAAAAAAAAAAAAAAAAAAAGCCAUAGACUGGAAACAAAGCUGUCUUAAAUUAAAUUUUCUUUUAUUCAAAACGCCACAAGUGCAAACCUGUGAAUAAAAAAAGAAUGUAUAUUAAACAUUAUAUGAUUCAUGUAGAUAUUUUUACUUUCAGAUUUGUUAAUUAGAUUGAUUGAUUGAUUGAUUGAUUGAUUUGACUGCAUUUUCUUUGCAGGUUUCAUACUACAGAGUUGUGUCCGAUAUGCCACGAGUAGGCUGGUUUCUUCCUUUGUUGAUUUGUAUCUAAAUAAAUAUAUUCUCCCAUGAA